AUGUCGGUGAAGGUUGACUACAACGCUUUGAGGGCCCGGACCAUGGGGUCUGGGGCCGAUGAGGAGGCUGUGACAGUAGAUACUAGAGGGUUGAUUUCCAAAGUCCUUGCUCGCUAUUCGGGAAAAUGGACAGUUCUACGAGAAAUGAUUCAAAAUGCCGCCGAUGCAUCUGCAACGAAAGUCACGAUAAAGUUUGAAACUAUCCCAUCAACCACAGUACCUUCGCCUACAACGAAUGAUCCCACUGCACACUUGAAACACACCAUUGCCAACCACACUCUACGGCGCCUCCUCGUGUCAAACAAUGGAUCCCCAUUUAGCGAGAAAGACUGGGCAAGACUCAAGCGAAUCGCAGAUGGAAACCCAGAUGAGACAAAGAUUGGUGCAUUUGGAGUUGGCUUUUACAGUGUAUUUGAUGAUUGCGAGGAGCCCUUCGUGUCGUCGGGUAAUCAGGCUAUGGCUUUCUACUGGAAGGGCAAUGCUCUGUUCACCCGCCGAUUAGACCUUGGCGAAGCUGCAAGCCCGGACACUACAUUCGUUUUGGACUACCGGAAUGAUACAUCUCCUGUUCCAUCGCUACUGCAACUUUGCCAGUUCUUGUCUAGCAGUUUAACGUUUGUUUCUUUACAAGAGAUUGAGCUAUGGCUGGAUGAUUGGACUCUGCUUCGUCUUUCAAAGAAAACAGCCCCCAGCGUCGAUGUUGCGAUACCACGAGAUAUCGAUACCAAGACGGCAGAAGGACUCAUGAAAAUUGUGAAUGUCACUCGGGAAAUUGCCCAGGUUGACGCGUCUUGGAUGAAAAUCGUCGAGUGGAAUCCCAACGCCAGCAUAUUCCGCCUGGACAAUAUUCGCGAUACAACAAGCUCAUUGCGAAGCUUCUUUUCCAAGUUCACACAAAGUGCACCAGAGAAACAGCCUGCCCAAAAGCCUGAGCUCGAAAGUGCCGAGGACUCUGGUAACAUGAGCGCUAUGCUCUCGGCAUCAGUAUUUUUACACAUCAACACAGCUUCUCUGCAGCCUUCGAUCAGUAGAGACUUGGCGAAAGAGUUAGAAAGAGCAACCCGGAAGCCACCGCCGAAGAAGGCUACACUUGCGAUCUUGACUCCUUCGUACGAUGCGAGCAUGGCGACUGAAGCGUCCUCGUCUCAGUCGGAAGUUCUCUCGUCUAUCCUACCUACCAAAUCUGGAAGGGUCUUCAUUGGUUUCCCUACAGCCCAGACGACUGGCUUAAAUGCUCAUGUUUCUGCUCCAUCUGUCAUUCCCACUGUCGAGCGUGAGAGCAUUGAUCUCAACACUCGGUACAUCAGCAAAUGGAAUCUUGAAAUGCUACGCGCUGUAGGAAUCGUCUGUCGAAUUGCCUGGUCUGCGGAGAUGGCUACGAUCAAAUCGAAAUUGGCAAUGAAAAUUGGCCCAUCUCGCACCAAAGUCCGCAAAGAUGAUAUUGUGGACGUUUUACCAGAGGCAAUCCACACUGCAAACCAAUUCGUGUUUCGUGAAUCUACACCAUCCUCCGUUUUGGGUCAGACAAUCGAGGAUGCUUUCUGGAUGUGUAACAAGAACGCAUCCAUUGAGGUUUUGUCUACCUGUGGCGUUAUCCCAAGUCAUCAGACACGCAUUGCUCCAAAGGAUCUAAGCUUCAUGGAUUCGAUUCCCGCUCUGCCUGAUGAUUUUGUCAAUGGCGCCAAAGAGUUUGUCAAGAGACUGACGGACUUUGGCUUAGUGACAGACAUAACUGUCUCUGACAUCAGACGCGAAUUGGAAUCCAAUACCCUGCGUUCGAACCAGGUGGUUGAAUUCAUAUCCUGGCUUGGCCGCAAAUCUCUCAUUGGCCAAUUGGAUCAGCUUUCAGUUCAAAGCUUACUGCGUGUAGCAGUGGCCAACGACGAGGAUUCAGAGGGAGCUCCUACUCGCCUGAUUAUCUUUGCAGAUAUCAAUGAGUUUUUGAACCCCCAGCGCAUUCCGACAGAUCUUCCUAUACCCCCUUCUGUCCUUCCAUUCCGUUUCACCAAGUCAUUGGGUAAGCUGGAGCUGGAAGCUUUGGGUUGGGUCGAACUGCAGGUUGUUCCUUGGGUACACUGGAUUGUCAGCAAUUCUGGAAAUCGCAGUGUUUUAUCCAUUGACCAAGAUAUCACGAAGACCGCCGCCUUCUCGGGUCAGGUUCUCCCUGUCUUAUCAAAGCAAUGGGAUGUCCUCAGUGCAGCGUCCAAGCAAAACGUUGUGAAUAUACUUCAACCCAAGACAGUGAUCCCGACGAGGCUUGGAAUGAAGCAACCUGCAGAGACAUACUUUGCUUCUGUGCGCCUCUUCGAUGACCUUCCCGUUAUCCACGGUCUCAAUGGCGUCAAGGAAAAAAUUCUCACUUCGCUUGGUGUCCGUAAAACCGUGGAACUUGGUGUCAUCUUCGAUCGCCUCAUCAACACUCCGGCCUUGGAAGAUAGCAAAGGUGGAGUUGCACCAAGAAAAUGGAACCACGUUGACCUUAUUCGUUAUCUUACCUCCGUGCGUGAGGAUAUUCCAGCAAAGGAUAUCCAGAGGUUGAAAGGCACGAGUAUCUGUACUGCCGAGAGUGGAAGCAUCUCUGACGGUACCCGGUACAAGAUCUCCGAGCUUUAUGAGCCAAAGGAUGUUUUCCGUUCUCUUGGUCUACCGAUCAUAGACUGGCCUGGCAUCUACAACAGCAAUAGCAAUGAGGGUAAAUUCCUCACAAUGAUGGGGCUGAAGAGUCAUCCACCCGCUGUGGAACUCAUUCGACUUAUGGCCGCGGGGGGCACAGAAAAGGACAGCAGGGCCACCAAAGCGCUGUCAUACUUUCUCGCAGAGCACCAUACAAAUGGAUAUGCCGAGUUUGAUAUAGGGGCGGUGGCAGUACCAUUCCUACCUAUUGAAGGCUCCAAUAGCCUGAGCGUGCCUACAAAGUGCUUCACCGAUGACGGCGCGGCUUUGUUCGGCUUCAAACUCCUUCGAAAGAAUCUGCAUCCCCAUGCUUUGAAACUGGGAGUCAAACCCCAUCCCCCUAUGGCAGAUUGCCUUCACAUUCUCGCACAGCAGCCUCCUACCAACAAUUCAGAUGCCCGGACCGUGUUCAAGUAUCUAGCGGGCAGAGCCUCGGAAAUUAGCCCUCAAAGCAGGGAGCGCACGGGAAAGAGUCCAAUUGUCCCGGUCGUUGUUCGGAGCCAAUACGAAAAAGGUGCUAAAGUUCGACUCGUGGCACCUCAAUUGUGCUAUCUUGGCGAAGGGGGUCAGUACAAGGAAAUUUUCGAUUACGUCGAUUUUGGCGAAGUGGCAAACCUUUUCCUUAUGGCUCUUGGUUCCAAGCCGGAGCCUUCCGUCGUGGAGAUUGCACGGAUGUUGGUCAAGGAGCCGGUUCGCAUCAAAGCUACGUUCCAAAGCUCUGAGAAGUAUCUCAUGCUUCUCAGAACUCUUGCAGAACAACUCCCGACUCUGAAACGAGACAAGGAUCUUUUCUUGGAUAUGAGGAAAGCCAAGUUCCUUUAUGCCAGCCGGGAUCUUCCCUCGCGCACGAUUGAUCAACCCAAAAACGAAAAGUCAUCUCUCCACGAUCCCAAUGAGGAAGAUGACGAUGGAAUGGACAUCAGACAAUGGGAAUUGACGUCUGCCAAAGACAUUAUCGUGGUUGACGAUUUCCAAAGUUUCAAUCUGUUCAAAGAGCAUAUUUAUGCUGCGCCCCAGGAAGAACCUUUAGAGAACUUUUACACUGCUCUUGGUGCCACUGCAUUGAGUGGGCUUGUCGAGGAGAGAAUUAGCAUCGGCCAACUAACGCCUGAUCAAAAAUCUGCGUAUCAACUGCACAAAUUGAUUUUGGAACGCACGCGGCUCUUCUUCCAUGACCAGCCCUCGGACUCGAUCUUGCGUGACACUCGUUGGCUAGAGGACUCCUUGCAAGUCCGGACCGUGACUGCAAUCAACUUGACCAGAUCUCUCAGGGGACGACGGGUGUCACACACUCAGAAGCGAAAUGCGAUUGUUAGUCGCUUGUCUACCGGAUGGACCAUGUGCAUUUGCCCUGGUCAAUUUGACCUGUAUGAAGUCAGUCAGUCGUUGGCGCAUGUGAUCUUGAAGCGACCAAAGCUUCAUUCGACUUUGACGCUAGAGAUGCUGUUAAAAACAGAUCUACUGGAACUGCGCGCUCGUGGUUACAAUGUGCAGCGUAUCCUGAAACAGAAGGCCCACGAAGCCCGGGUUGCAGAAGAUAAACGCCAGAAGCAAGUCGAAGAGGAGAGGCGUCUUCUGCAGGAGCGAGAAGCCGCUUGGGCAGCAGCCCAAGCCCAGCAGGCAGAACAAGAGAGAGCCGAAUCACAGGCUCAGGCUCAGACCCAGACCCAACAAAACUCCAUGCCCGGUGUCUUCCCUGAGUCGCCUAACAGCAAGACCGUGUCCGCAGAAGCACACCCACCUCCAGCAGAACCCACACCAGAACGCCCUACUCGAGGCCUAUUUGCCAAUCUUUCCAAGAGAUUCGGCUUGGAUAAAAGCACUGGCUCAGAGGGACAAUCUCGGUCGCCUGUUCCUGAAACAUCCACACCACCGCCCCCACCCUAUUCUCCCGACGACCCUCAAAAUGUUGGCCAAAGCCAGACCAAGCGUCCAGAACCAACUGUAUCCUCCAACUCACCACAUCGCCUUAACUCUGAGCUCCUCUCUGCUGUCCAGGCAUGCCGACCCCACGGCUCCUCUGAUCUCUACAGCCGACCGGAAACGAAUCAAAUCCAAGAAAGCAAAUCCUACUGCGACGAGCGCCCAAGCCACGACCUCGAAUUUGUCGCAACUUUACCAAAGAGUGGCAUGAAUGUGCUCUUUACCAAAUCAGUCGCAGACCGAUCCACCUUCCUGGCCUCCAAUCGGGCGGGGUUCAACCUCUUUGCGUCGAUCCUGCUUGACUCCGGCUCCAUUUUCUCCAUGCGGGCCGACAGUCUCAGUAUCUUCUACGACCCGGGCGGCAAGACAAUUGCAUUCAACCGUGCAGGCAGUAUCUUCUGCAAUUACUUCUAUUUCCAAACGCUGCAGGAGAAGGCGCUCUUGGAGAAGUCUACUGACGCCACGGACGCCAUUGUCUAUUGGUGGGUGAUUUUGUGUCAUGAGCUGGCGCAUAACUUGGUUGGGGACCACAGUUCGGCUCACAGCUAUUACACUGAGGGCUUCGUUGCGCAUUAUUUCCCCAAGGUUGCUCUUAAGAUUGCUUCGCUGCAAACGCCCGCAACGCCCGCAGAUGUGCCAUCCCUGAUCUAG